UCACCCUUUUCUAUUUCCAUUUCAAAAAUUCAAAUACCAAGACCGGGAGAUAGAGACAUGCGGCUUCCUCGAAAAGGAUACUCCCUCCUGGGCCGCCUUCCACAUCGCGUUCUUCCUUAGCUCGUACGUGGUCCCGCUCAUACUGAUCAGCGUCCUGUACAUGUGGAUGUUGUCCCGACUGUGGCGAAGUUCGGUCGGCGGUCGUUCGGCCGAAUCGAAGAAGGGCAAAAAGCGCGUUACCCGGCUGGCGGUGAUUGUGGUGGCAGCGUUUGCUUCAUUAUGGUUUCCCAUACAGGUCAUCCUGGUCCUAAAGAGUGUGGACGUCUUUAAACCAGACACGCAUUUUAAAAUUUCACUACAAAUCGUCUCGCACGUGCUGGCAUACACGAGCUCCUGUAUAAACCCGCUGCUGUACGCGUUCAUGUCCGAAAACUUUCAGAAAGCAUUCCGUAAGAUUUGUUCAGUUGGUUCCUCUUCGCAUUAG